AUGGAGUCGGAAAAGGCUGCAGACGUCCAUCCGGAUGCUGCAAGAAAGUCGGUAGCAUCCGAACCCAGGCGCCGCUCCAGCCUCAUCGAUGCCCGGGAUGACGAUCUCAUCAAUGUUUCUGGCCACAAGCAAGAACUCGACCGUCUGUUCAGCUCUUUCAGCGUCGUGUCGACGGCCAUCACCACCGGCAAUGUCUGGAUCGCCCUGGCCGGGACCAUCGCGGUGGCCAUCUUCAACGGCGGCCCCACUGGCAUCAUCUACGAAUUCAUCGUCGUUUCCUUCUUCUACUGGUUCAUCGCAGCCAGCGUCGCCGAACUCGCAUCCGCCAUUCCUUCGUCUGCAGGAGUCUAUCACUGGGCCACCGUCACGGCCGGUCCACGCUAUGGUCGUAUAUUCGGAUACUUGGCCGGAUGGUGGAACUUCUUUGCCUGGAUCUUCGCCACGGCCGUGACUCUGCAGAUCACGGCAGCCAUCAUCAUCACCAUGGCCCAACUCAACGCGGCCGACUACGCCUACCAGCGAUGGCAGGUCUUUGUGCUAUUCUUGUUCUGCGCCUGGCUUUUCGCGGCGGUGGUGCUCUUCUUCAACAAGGCGAUCCCCCGGCUGGAGCAGAUUGGUGGCUUCUUCAUUAUUGCCGGCUUUUUGAUCACGGUAAUUGUCUCGGCUGUGAUGCCGCACGUGCAGCAUCGAGAAUAUGCCACUACCCAUCAAGUGUGGAACUCAUUCACCAACUUGACGGGAUACAGUAGCUCAGGAUUUGCCUUUCUGCUCGGAAUGCUGAAUGGGGCGUUUGCUGUCGGGGUGCCUGACCUCACCAGUCAUUUGGCCGAAGAGAUGCAAAAUCCAAGCAGGAACAUUCCUGUGGCAGUGCUAUGGCAAUAUAUCAUCGGCUUCCUCACCGGGUUGCUGUUUCUAAUAGCGGUCCUCUACGGCCUCACCGACCUCGACAGCCUCUUUGACACGGGCUACGUCUUCCCGCUGGGCGAAAUCUACCGACAAGGCACGGGGACCAGCGCUGGCGCCAUUGGACUUCUGUUCCUUGUCCUCGCCCCUACCACAAUUGCGUGCAUGGGAUGUUACUUGACGGCCUCGAGAAUUUUCUGGACUCUGGCCCGUGAUCGUGCGACUCCUUUCGCCGGCUUCUUCUCCAAGGUGUCGCCGCGUCUCAAAGUCCCUGCGAACUCGAUUGUUUUGUGCGCGGUCAUUUGCACGAUUCUUGGAUGCAUCUAUGUUGGUAACUUGACCGCCUUCAACGCCUUCACCAGCUCCUACAUCGUCCUCUCCAUGGCUUCAUACCUCUCCGCGAUAUUGCCGAAUCUGCUGUCCAGACGGACAAAGAUUGUGCCGGGCCGGUUCUGGAUGCCCGGCGCGAUCGGCCUCGUUGUCAACGCCGUAUCAUGCCUCUUCAUGAUGGCUUUUAUCGUUAUUUUCUGCUUUCCGUUCGCCAUGCCUGUCGACGCGGAGACGAUGAACUAUACGUGCGUCAUCUUUGGGGGACUUACGAUCAUCAUGGGCGCCUUCUACCUGCUUCUGAGGAGACAAUACGACGGACCUCAAGUGAUCAUGCUCGGCAAGAGCGUGGAGAUGACGGCACAGGAAUACAGAAACUCCAUUGCCGCAUAA